AUGGAUGAUAUGGAUAAUGAUAUUCUAUUUGAAUUUGAAAGUUAUGAAGAAUUUCAGCGAGAACGAUUGAAAUUAAAUGCAGAAAGUACAUUAAAAUUAUGGUAUUCAUUACCUUCCAAUCUAACAAAUAUUGAUAAUAAAUUAAUUAGACAACAAACAUUAAAACAACAGAAAAAACGAUUAAGAAAUUUGAAAUUUUUUGCAAUUUACUCUAUGUUUUUAAAAAAAACAUUUCUCAAAAAUAGAAUCCGUUCUAAAGGUUUUCAACUUUGGAAUAAAACAUUUAAUAUUCCUUCAUUAAAUGAUCCAUGUCUUUAUCAAAUAUAUCAAUCACUCGGACGUAUAACUAAUCAAUUUCUUAAUAAAGGUAAAGAAUAUGAUUCAAAAAUAAGUUAUCAAGAAUUAUACAAAGCUGGUCGCACUGUUUGGUUUAUGAUCGCUUUUCAAAUUCAACUCAAUUUACCUUUAAUUUUAACAGAUUCAAUAUUUGGUUAUAAUAUGCUUUAUCCAUAUACUGAUGAUUUUAUUGAUUCAAAUCAAGUAUCAAAAGAAACAAAGAUAGAAUUCAAAAAAAUCUUUCAUGAUAAAUUACUUCAUGGUCAAUCGACAUAUAAUUCUAAUGCACAUUUUCAUGAAAAACAAUCAAAUGUUAAUCAUUUAAACAUAGAAGCAUAUGCAGAUAAAUUAGAAAAAAUUUUUGAUAUGGUCAAAUUUAUUGAAAAUGAUUGGAAACGUGAUGAAAAAAAUCGAGGAGUUUAUAUGUCUUUAGCUACUAUUCAUGAAUCACAAAUGAAAUCAAUAUUACAACAUGCAAAGAUUGAAGAUGGAUAUCAACCAACAAUGACACUUAUUGAACAAAUUAGUGCAGAAAAAGGUGGAGCAUCGUUAGUUGCGGCGGCAUUUUUGAUAGAAGGACAAUUGACAAGAGCUAAAAUGGCUUAUUUAGAAUAUCUCGGAUUUGCUUUUCAACUACUUGAUGAUUUACAAGAUUUUCAUGAAGAUAUGAAAAAUAAUCAUCGAACAAUUUUUACUCAAACUUUUCUCGAUGGAAAAACAUUAGAUGAACCAACAGGUCGUCUUAUUCAAUAUUGUUAUUCUUCACCUGCUUUUAAAAUAUUUUCUGAUGAUCAACGCACAAUAUCAGAUUCAAAAAAUCAAUGUACAUUAGCUCAUUAUGUGAGAAUUUCGAUGAUGAUGUUUGCAAUAAUACUUAUUUUAGAAGCAGCUUCUCAAUUAAAAAAAUAUUAUUCAAAACAAUUUUAUCAAGAUUUAUCUACACUAAGUCCAAUCCCAUUUGAUCAACUUAAGACUAUUUCUGUAGAAGAAAAAAUAUGGGCUGUUGUACAAAAUCAAUGGUUUUAA